AUGUCAAACUUCACCGAAAUCUUUCUCCAAAGCCUCCCCCUCCCAUAUCCCUCCUACCCGUUCGAUGACAAGACCGUCAUCGUCACCGGCUCCAACACCGGCCUCGGCCUCGAAGCCGCCCGCCACUUUGCCCGCCUCGGCGCCGCCCGCGUCAUCCUCGCCGUGCGCAACCUCGAAAAAGGCGAAUCCGCCAAGUCCUCCAUCGUCUCCACCACCGACUGCAACCCCUCCGCCAUCGAGGUCUGGAAACUCGACAUGAGCUCCUUCGCGUGCACGAACGAGUUCAUCGAGCGGGCGCUGGCGCUCCCAAAACUGGACGUCGUGGUGCUGAAUGCGGGCAUCGCAACCGGUAAUUGGCGGGUGACGGAUGACGGGUGGGAGUCGACGCUGCAGGUGAAUGUGCUUUCAACGGCGCUGCUGGCGCUGCGACUGUUGCCGAAGAUGGUACAGUCGGGGAGGGAGAACCCGAGGUGGAGGCCGCACCUAGUGAUUGUUGCGUCGGAGGUGCAUCGAUGGGCGAACGUGGCGGCGCAGUAUAACACCUGGCCCACGCAGGCUGAGAAGGGCAUCUUGGCCCAUAUCAAUGAUAGGGUAAAGACGGAGAAGGAUAUGGGGGGGCGGUACCCACUGUCGAAACUGCUGGAUGUGUAUCUGGCGAGGGAGAUUGCGAAGAUCACGCCGGUGGAUGGGGGCGGGAAGCCGGCGGUGGUGGUGAAUACGUUGAAUCCGGGGUUUUGCUAUUCGGAGCUAGGGAGGGAGUUAGGGUUGAAAAUGAGGGUGUUGCAGAUGUGCUUUGCGAGGCCGACGGAGAAGGGGAGUAGGACGUUAGUGGAUGCGGCGUGUAAGGGGCCUAGGAGCCAUGGGUGCUAUUUAAGUAACUGUGAGAUUGAGACGCCAGCGGACUGGGUGACGAGUGAGAAUGGACAGGCGACGCAGAAGAGGUUCUGGAACGAGAUGCUGGAUGUCCUAGAGCCCGUGUCGCCGGGGUUGAAGAAGUCCGUUCAAAAGCUGCAGUAG